AAGGGGAUCAUGUGAAUGACUGAGACGAGGAGAAUUGAGUAUUCGUACGGCUUAAUCCAACCGACUGAGGGAGCUAGGUUCCAAACAAAGUUGAAAAGAAUCAGCCCGCCAACACCCAGGUAAGCACCCAGCCAAUCAAAAUUAGCCAAGCCCUCAGAUGAAGGAGGGUCUGGCGGUGUAAUGGAAGCAGUCGGUACAAAUACGAUAGGACCAAGUGUCGCCCUACAUCUGUAAUCAUUGACGAAGUCGGUGAGAGGCAUUUAAGGACGACUAAAGCCUACAACAAGAAGAGGGGCCACUUCUAGUCUGUGAGCUGAGAAAAUACCACCAAAUACACCUCCACCAGCAGCACCGAUCGGUGACAUAGCUCCAAAAAUUCCCAUAGCUAUGUUACGCGUCCUCCCAGGUGGUAUGUUGAUUCCCAGGAGUGCAACUGCAUUGGGUACCACAAAUGCGCCUCUAGAUCCAGCGAGACCGCGAGCGAUAGACAGACCGACGAUUUUUUGCAUGAAGCCGCUAAUAAGGUGCCAUAACACCCACCAUGCUUCUGCGCCCAGGAGUGUCCUUUUGUGGCCUAAGAUAGAUCCCAAUCGGCCUCCAGCAAGAACAAAUGCUCCUUGCGUAAGUCUGCGCCGUGAGUAAA